AUGCUAAAAGUACUAAUCCCCACCAUCAUGCUCAUUCCCACCACUUGGUUAGUAAACAAAAAAUGAUUAUGAACAACAACUACAUACCAAAGUUUCAUUAUCGCCUCCAUCAGUCUAGUAUGAUUCAAGUGGGACUCAGAAAUAGGAUGAUCUACCACAAAUACUUAUCUAGCAACGGACCCCUUAUCAACACCACUACUAGUUUUAUCUUGCUGACUUCUACCAUUAAUAAUUUUAGCGAGCCAAAACCACAUGCGGCUAGAACCAACCAACCGCCAGCGAUCCUACAUUACACUACUGAUUUCCCUACAAAUAUUCUUAAUUAUAGCAUUCGGAGCUACAGAAAUCAUCAUAUUCUAUGUAAUAUUUGAAGCCACCUUAAUCCCAACCUUGAUUAUCAUUACCCGAUGAGGAAACCAAACAGAACGACUCAAUGCAGGAACUUAUUUUUUAUUCUAUACACUAGCAGGCUCACUCCCACUGCUUGUUGCACUACUUGCACUACAAAAAGAUCUCGGUACUCUCUCAAUGCUCACAAUUCAAUAUACGAAACCUCUCAUUUUAUCCUCAUGGGGAGAUAAACUAUGAUGAGCAGGCUGCUUAAUGGCAUUCCUAGUAAAAAUACCACUCUAUGGAGUUCACCUGUGAUUACCAAAAGCUCAUGUAGAAGCCCCAGUAGCAGGAUCCAUAGUCCUAGCCGCUGUACUACUAAAACUAGGGGGGUACGGGAUAAUACGAAUAAUUAUCAUUUUAACUCCACUAACCAAAGAACUAGCCUACCCAUUCAUUAUUCUCGCCCUCUGAGGAAUCAUUAUAACUGGCUCUAUCUGCUUGCGACAAACAGACCUAAAAUCCAUAAUUGCAUACUCAUCAGUCAGCCACAUGGGCCUAGUAGCAGGAGGAAUUCUUAUCCAAACCCCAUGAGGAUUCACAGGAGCAAUCAUCCUAAUAAUUGCCCACGGACUAGUAUCAUCAGCAUUAUUUUGUCUAGCCAACACCAACUACGAGCGAACCCACAGCCGAACUCUUCUACUAGCCCGAGGCCUACAAAUAAUUCUUCCUUUAAUAGCCGCUUGAUGAUUUAUUGCUAACCUAGCCAACUUGGCACUCCCACCACUACCAAAUCUAAUAGGAGAACUGAUAAUUAUUACAUCUAUGUUUAACUGAUCAUACUGAUCUAUUGCAUUAACAGGUUUAGGAACCCUAAUCACAGCCGGAUAUUCAUUAUACAUAUUCUUAAUAACACAACGAGGCCCAACCCCAAAUCACAUCAUUGGUUUGGAACCAUCACAUACCCGAGAACACCUGCUAAUUGCUAUACACCUCAUUCCAGUACUUCUUCUAGUACUAAAACCUGAACUAAUAUGAGGAUGAUGCUUAU